AUGGAGUUUACCAGGUGUUACCUGCCAAUGGAAUGGGAAGAGAGAUGGAGGAGAGAGAAGGAGAGGAGGAAAAGGGUGAUUGAAGAAGGCGGAGAAGGGAUAGAACAGGACAACCGUGAGCUGAGGAGGAUUGUGGCUUACAAUGACUCCAGUAUGGGCCUAUCAAGUGGGAGUAGUAAGAAAGAGGGCGAGGAGGCAUUUGGGGAUGAAGGACUUGGGGAUGACGUCCACACAUUAUGCAGUAAAACCUCUCCUAAUGAGAUAUUCAGGGCCCUGAAGGAACUCUGGGAUUCAUCUCUUCUCACAGAUCUGACUCUGACUACUGAGAAUGGGAGCAGCUACCAUGUGCACUCCCCUAUCCUGGCUGCUGUCAGCUCCCUCAUGCUGGAGAGACUUAGGGAAAGGAGUGGAGAACGAUCAGACGGUAAUAGGGAUGUGGGAUUCCGCAGGUGGUCAGUGUCUAUGGGUACUGAGAUUGAUCAUGUAGGGCUUCAGGCAGUUGUGGAGUUUGCCUAUACUGGGGUUGUAUUUUCUUUAAACAAAGACACCAUGGCCCAGAUCAAGGCUGCAGCUCAACUGCUGGGGGUCCCCAGAGUGCUGGAUGUCUGCAACAAAGAGGAAACAAUGAAGGGGGAUGGAAGUACCAAGACAAAAGAGCAAAAGAUCUCUGCUCUAGAGGAAAUGAAGAUUACUCUUCAGUCCAUUGAACAACUGUGGACAGACAGAGUGGGAUGUGAUGUGAUUUUGGACGUGGAUGGGACUUUAUUCCAUGUUCACAGAGUUAUCCUGGCGGCAAGCAGUGACUAUUUCCGUGGCAUGUUCACCUGCGGGAUGAGGGAAUCCCAUCAGACCUGUGUUUCCCUUCCCUUCCUGUUAGCAUCUGAGUUAGAGGCUCUUAUAGGCUGCUCCUACAGUGGGACCCUUUCACUCAGCUGGGACUGCAUCUUCGAGAUCACCUGCACAGCCCUGCAGCUUCAGUUCCAGUCCGCCCUCUCACUUUGCCUUGACUUCAUGCGACAGGAAAUAGAGGUAAGCUCCUGCCUGGAUAUUGUGUCUUUUGCUGAAGCAUAUGGAAUGUCAGAGCUCCUUGAAGAAGCUAAUGACUUUGUACUGAGGAACUUCUGGGAGGUGUCAUCCACAGCAAAAUUUCAGGACCUACCUGUAGAGAAGCUUCUAGACUUCCUCCACUGUGAUGGUCUGUGCGUGCCCACAGAGUUGGCUGUAUUUCGAGCUGUAAUCUCAUGGAUUGAGGCAGAUCCUGAGGAGAGAUUGGGCCAAGCUGAUUUACUGAUGGCCGCAGUCCGCUUCCCCCUCAUGACCUUUCGAGAGUUCAGGGAGGUCAGGGCCAUUAACCUGCGCAUGGAGUGCUUUGGAAACAAGGAAGUGGAACUGUAUGGUUCAGCACUCAAGGAAUUUGCUUUCAGCCUUCCAAAAACCCAAGAUCAGUGUCGCAUCAGACGACCCAAAGAUGCUCUGGUUCUGGUCGGGGGAGACCAGCUAAACCCUGAUAUGGGUCAGCGCAUAACAAGCAGGGAACUGUGGUUUGCAAACUCCCUGCGCAGUGGCACAGGUUUGGUGAAGGAGAUAGAGUGGAAGAAGCUGGGUGAGAUACCAGACAAGCCAAAGUUCAGGCAUGGAGUAACAGCAAUGGACGGGAGGCUGUAUGUGUUUGGAGGAUGCUACUUCUAUGCAAAUGAUAACAUAAUGAAAUCUGUCUACAGUUACGAUCCCGUACAGGACAGCUGGAAGAGGCUGGCUGACAUGCAGGAGCUUAGAAGUAACUUCUCAGUGGUGGCACAUGAGGAACGCCUUUACGCCAUUGGUGGAGAUGAGGAGAUCAACACCAAUGUAGACAGCGUUGAGAUGUACAACCCAGACACUGACUCCUGGAGCUUCGUCCAUCCCCUGGACCAGGCUCUGAGUGGCUACGCUGUCACUGCUUUAGAUGGAGGAAUCUUCAUUUCUGGAGGUUUCAACUGUAAGUAUGUGUGUCUGGUGUCCAUGCUCCUGUACCACCCAGAGAGAGGAACCACAUACCUGGCAGACAUGGCCAAUGAUCGAGCUCAGCAUUGCAUGGAGGCCCUGCGAGGCCAUCUUUACGUCAGCGGUGGGGUGUGUAACCUGAGGAAAUUUUACACUGAUCAACAAGCCUGUGAGGUGUAUGAUCCUGUGACUGAUUCCUGGACUGCUUUUGCAUCACUGCCUGUGCCCCAUGUGGGUGCCGCCUCAGCUGUCCUGGAAGAGAAGAUCUAUAUACUGGGUGGAUACUGCCAGGACGACUACAGUGAGUCUGGACUGGUCCACCGGUUUGAUCCCAGCACACAGCGAUGGGAGAACAUGGGCAGACUGCCUGGGGCUGUUACUGACAUUCGUGCAUGUGUGCUCCGAUUGCCUGAACACUUGAGACAGUAA